CCGCCAUAUUGGGAUUCGUUCUUCCGCCCGGGAGGCUUCAGAGGCUCUGCCCGGCCUCUCUCGCCCUGUCAUCCACACGCAGGGCCGAGCCUCCCCGGAAGCCGGAUGUGCUCCUGUGUAGAGAUCUUUGCACAGUAGAACCUAGGAGCAAGGCACACCAACUCUCAUGAUUCCCUCCAUUCACCUUGUCUUCCAGCUGAAAUUCCACAGUCCUCUCUGUGUCUCCUAGAACAAAGAAAAUGAAUACCAUUGUGGUGGAGGGCUUGGACUGAGGAGACAUGUUCCCUUACAGGGGAUGGUGUCCUUCGAGGACGUGUCUGUGGACUUCACCUGGGAGGAGUGGCAGGACCUGGAUGAUGCUCAGAGGACCCUCUACAGGGACGUGAUGCUGGAGACCUACAGCAGCCUGGUGUCCUUGGGGCACUGCGUUGCAAAACCUGAGGUGAUCUUCAGGCUGGAGCAAGGAGCCGGGCCGUGGAUGGUGGAGGGAGCCCCACACCAGAGCCUCCCAGAUGUCCAGAAAGCAAAUGGCUUGAAGGAGACCAUCCAGGAAAAGCCAGAGAGACAUUUCUGGCAAGUUGUACUCCCCAACAGCAGUACCCCAACUGAGGAGAGGUUCACAUUAGGAACAAGGUUUAACUUGAGCUCAAAGCAUGUUUCAAGUCUGGAUCCAACGGGUGGGCCAGAGGGGCUUGAUGUGUGGCAGAAGGAGCUUCUCCCUAGUGAGCCUGAGGAGGUGCAGGCUGGAGAGGAGCCUGUUGGUCUUGAUGUCCCUAGGAAGCCCCCCAGGCCUCCUGAGCGGCCUAGUCUGCACAAGGUUCUAAAUGGGCAUCAGCAGUUCCAACAUUGUGGACAGGGGAAAUCCUUCACAGUGAAGGCACUGUGGACACUGAAGAGGCUGCAUGUGGGAGAGACCCCCAGCAUGCUCAGUGAAUGUGGGAAGGUCCUGGAUAAGGUGGCACUUACUGCUCAAGAGAUGACUCAGGUAAGGGAGAAAACUUCUGCAUAUAAUAUAUGUGGAGAAACUUUCUGUAAAAACUCUAAAUUCACUACGCUUAAGAAAAUACAGAGAAUACAGAAGUGUUACGAAUGUUGCAAUGGUAAGAAACCAUUGAUUAAGAAGCCAUACCUUGCAAAACUUCAGAGGUCCCAGUCAGAGGAAAAGCCCCAUAUGUGUAAAGAAUGUGAGAACUUCUGUCAGAAGACACAGCUUACUGAGAGAACCCACAGAAGAGCAGAACCCUUUGGAAGUCACGAAUGUAGAAGGCACUUUCACCAGAAGUCCCACCGCAGCGGGCACCGGGGAACUCCCUCAGGCGAGAAGCCCUUCGGGUGCAGUGUGUGUGGGAAAUCCUUUUCCCGGAAGUCGCACCUCAGCAGGCACCAGGGCACGCACACAGGCGAGAAGCCCUAUGGGUGUAAGGAGUGCAGGAAGACUUUCUACCAUAAGUCAUCCCUCACAAUUCACCAGAGAACUCACACAGGUGAGAAGCCCUACGAGUGUAAGAAGUGUAGGAAAAGUUUCUACUGUAAGUCAGACCUCACUGUGCAUCAGAGGACUCACACAGGUGAGAAGCCCUAUGCCUGUGAGGAAUGCAGGAAGACUUUCUACUCUAAGUCACACCUCACCGUGCACCAGAGAAUUCACACGGGCGACAAGCCCUAUGCCUGUGAGGAAUGCAGGAAGACUUUCAACCGCAAGUCUAACCUCACUGUGCACCAGAGAACCCACACAGGUGAGAAGCCCUACGAGUGUGAUGUGUGUGGGAAGACCUUCUACCAGAAGUCACACCUCAGCACACACCAGGGAACUCACACAGAUGAAAAGCCCUACGAGUGCGAGCACUGCAGGAAGGCUUUCCUCCAUAAGUCAUCCCUCACUGUGCAUCAGAAGACGCACUCAGGCAACAAGCCGUACACCUGUGAUGCGUGCAGGAAGACUUUCCUGCACAAGUCUUCCCUCACCGUCCAUCAGAGGGCUCACGCAGGCCACAAGCCCUAUGUCUGCGAGGACUGCAGGAAGGCUUUCUACUGCAAGUCACACCUCACUGUGCAUCGGAGAACUCAUACGGGUGAGAAGCCCUACGAGUGUCACAAGUGUGAAAAAGCCUUUCACCAGAAGUCGUACCUCAGCAGGCAUCAGAUGACUCACCAGAAUGAGAAGCAGUAUCAAUGUCAAGAAUGCAGGAAAACUUUCUACCGGAUGGCAAAGAUACACUAUGGAGAUGGGUCUCUGCUGAGCUGUGCCAUCGCCUUCCUCUUCCUUCAGCUCCCACCUCCUGGAAAUGGGAAAGCUGAUUUCCAAGUCCAAGGGCCUGGCACCCCCGUGCUGGCCAUGGUGGGGGAAGACGCAGAGCUGCCGUGUGUACUGGCCCCCAACAUCAGUGCUGAGGGCAUGGAGCUGCGGUGGUACAAGGACCAGCUCAGCCCAGCUGUGCUCGUGCACAGGGAUGGGGAGGACGUACACCAAGAGCAGAUGGUGGAGUAUCAGGGGAGGACGAGCUUUGUGAGUGACCACCUGGACAGGGGCAAGGCCGCGGUGAGGAUUCACAACAUCACUGCAUUUGACAAUGGCACCUAUCACUGCCGAUUCAAGGAGCACACUUCCUUCAGCCAGGCCACACUGUGGCUGAAGGUAGCAGGGCUGGGCUCAGAGCCCAGAGUCCAAGUGGUGGACGGCCAGGACAAAGGUGUCCGAGUGGAAUGCACCUCGGCAGGCUGGUACCCAGAGCCUGUGGUGGAGUGGAGAGACCUCAGAGGACAACCAGUGCCUGCCGUGACCAACUUCUCAGUGUCAGCUACCACCGGCCUGGUGGCCAUGGUGUCCAGCGUGAGCCUCCAGAAUGGGACUGUGCGGGGUCUGUCCUGCUCCCUCUCCAACCCCCUUCUCCCUGAGAAGAAGGGGGCCAAGAGCCUGCCGCCUGCUCCCGUCUCCAGGCCUCCGUUCACAGAAUGGCAACUAGCUCUGCCUCUGGUCCUCACUGCACUGGGACUCCUGGCAGCUGGAGGCCUCUGCCUCUUCGGGAAGCAUCAGAGGGAAGAGCAGCUUACCCUGCUGGAAGGAGAGACAGCACUAGCAGAAAUGGCACAGAGGCCACAAGCCAGCAGCGCCAAGAUUGAGCCAUCCCAUGUGAGCCCCUGUCUAGACCCUGACACUGCAAGUCCCAAACUCAUGGUGUCUGAGGAUCAGAAAAGUGUGAAGAGGCUGCCCUUCGACCAGCACUUGCCUCCCAACUCCAAGAGAUUCGACCAGGACCCCUGUGUCCUGGCCCAAGAGCAGUUCUCUGCUGGGAGAUACUACUGGGCAGUUGAGGUGGGGGACAGGAAGGCCUGGAUUCUGGGCGUGUGUCUGGAGAGCAUAGGGCGAGAGGGAAGGAUCCCCAAGUCCCCCCAGCAUGGACUCUGGGCAGUGGAGUUGUACAGGAAGAGAUUCUGGGCGCUCUCCUACCCACGGACUCGCCUCUCUCCUUCCCAGCCCCUCCGACGGCUGGGCAUCCUCCUGGACUGGGAUGCUGGGGAGAUUUCCUUCUACAAUGCCACUGACGGGUCCCUGGUCCACAGCUUCUCUGGACUGUCUUUUUCUGGCCCCCUGCUGCCAUUCCUCUGCCUCUGGACCCAUGACCCCAGGCCCCUGACCAUCUGCUCAGUGGCCAGAGAGACCCAGGAGGACACAAGCUCCCCUGGAAGCCUCUACUUUCCCCCAGGGAACCCCAGGACUUCUGCUGAGGGAGAACAGCAUCCGUGAGCCCUGGCUCCUGCCUCCUGGUGACACUGGUCCUGUUGCGUGUGCAUGACGGCAGUGUCGGGGGCUGGCUGUCGCCUGCCUAAGUCCUGCGCUGAAGUCCUAAGCCCAGGGCCUCAGACCUUGGAGGAGUCAGUGCGUCCAUGUGAGUGGCCCUGAUGCCACAGACCUGGUGUCCCUGUGAGAAGAGACCAGGACACAGGCACAUGCAGGGGAAAGCCCAUGAGGACUCAGGUGCCCUCACAAGACACAGAGAGGGCCUCAGAAGGAACCAGUCUGCCCACACCUGGGCUCAGACCUCACCUCCAGAGUGAGGAAAGCACUUCCUGUGUGUGAGUCACUCCAUCUGCACAACUUUGUUAUGGCGGCUCUAUUGUGAUAAAACUACACAAUUAUAAGCACAGCCCUGGGCUACUUUUGCCAUGUCCUUGGGGGGCAUAUGUAAAAUGUCCAGCUCAUGUGGGACAUGUAGUCAUCACAUAUUAAAUGGCAGCUCUGCCAUCCCCCCUCUCCCUCCUCCUACUCCAUCAUCUUGGUCAUUUUUCUCUCCUGCCUCUCCUCCGCUCUCUUCCACCUCUCCCCCUCCCCCUCCUCCCUACAGCAAGCACUCAGACUUCUAGCUGGAGUCCCUCUCUCCCUCCUCCUCCUCCUCCUCC